AUGGCAAACGAGUUUCGUGGAUCUUCCUUAAGGAGCUCUUCUCCCAACAACCCUAAGUUCAUCCAAAUCAUUACUUCAUUAGAUGAAUUAAGCCGUCUGAGGAUUCCAGUAGAAUUUGCCAAAAGACACUGCGAGAAGAUGUUAAACCCCGUGUUUCUUGAGGCUCCCCAUGGAAAAGCUUGGGAGGUUGAAGUGGAAAAUUCUCAAGGCCAAAUUUGGCUAGUCAAGGGAUGGAGUGAUUUUUGUGACUAUUACUCAAUAAUAGUCAAGAGCAUAUUAAUAUUCACAUACAACCCGCGUUGUCACUUUGCUGUCGCUAUAUAUGAUCAGAGUAAAACAGAAAUUGAAUAUCCAAUAGAUCAAGAUAUUGAAUCAGAUGAACAAGAGGAAGAUAUUCUAGUUGCCCAAGCUAAUGCUAAUGUAAUUCAGAAGCGUAAGUAA